AUGCUUUUCUCGAAGCUCACCACUCCCACUCUCUUUCUUGCAGCAUUAUCGACUGCCUCUCCCCUCCCAGCGCAUACCCAAAGCCUCCCAGCCUGCCCGACCACCUUCACCACUUCCACGGCCGGUAUCCCGGCCCACGAGAUCGCCUCGCUCUUCUCAUCGACCACGGUCCCCCUCCACCCCUCCGCGGCAGCAGACAUCGAGCACAUCCGUGCCACCGUCGCGCUCUACGGCAUCGCGCUCGACGGCAAGAACUGGCCGAUGCUCGAGCAGGUCUUCACUUCCGACGUGCGGGCAAACUACUCUGCCGUGGGCGUCAUGGAGGGAAUCGAGGCCAUCCAGACCACGCUGGAGGCCUCGCUCGAGCCCGUCGGCUUUACGCAGCACCAGUUCAGCACCACUGUGAUCCAGCUGUGCCGGGAUGAGACAGUGGAUGCCGCCACGGGAGAGCACGGCGGAGCAGCGCCUGGAAAGACGGCCGCCGUAUCCAUUGCGUAUACCACGACUGCGCAUUUCCCUGUCGGCCCGGACGGCGCGAUGCUGCCGACCUUGGAUGCCGCGGCGGUGUUGACUGGGUAUGUCAUGUACCAGGAUGUCUGGGUCAAGGAAGAGGUGGAUGAAGGGGCCGAGUGGAGGAUUCGCAAGCGCAACACAAUCACCAUGGUGAGUUUGAACUUGCACCAUUGGACUGUGGAAGAGGCACAAGACUAA